AUGGCAAACACAUCAGAUAACGCGGGACCUUGGCGACAUCAAACAGACACACAGUCUGUCUCGCAGCAAGACUGCAGCAAAUGCAAAACAAGGCGGAUUAAAUGUGAUCGAGCUCUUCUGGGAUGUCGAAAAUGCAGCAAAAAGGGUUACCAGUGUCCAGGUUAUGGCCCGCGAGUGCAGUGGGUUAACGAUGCUGCUACACGAGGUCGGAUGAGGGGUUUGCAGGCUACUGUUUUGGAGGACCACGCUCGGUCCCAGCCAAAUGUCAUCGAGGGGGUGGGACCCUUAAAUUUUGUCAAUGACGAUGGCCAGAACAAUGCAACCGAUAUUCAAGACCCGGCUCAGCAACACCACAGCGGCACCACAACAUAUGACCUUUCCCAAGACUGGUGGGACAAGUUAAGACGCUACUACAUCGACAACGUCGCUCGGCUCAUGGUCUGGGUCGAUACUCAGAAGAACCUGUACCGAGACCGCAUUAUCGACAUUGCCUCGGAUUGGCCAGUUCUUCGCCUGGCAAUCUCUGCAAUAGCUGCCCUGCAUUGUAACGCCACUGGACACAAUGGAAAGGUCCGUCUUCCAGAGUCGUUCCGUGACGAGGCCGUCAGGGGCAUUGCUACUUCUGUCAAGGACAUUCUUGAGAAUACCACGCAAUUGACCCUUGAAAACGCCCAAUGGAUACUUGCAUCUAUGAUGGUGCUUUCUUGUUGCGAAAUGAUCGAAGCCGGAGCUGAAGCGGCCGAUUGGCACCGAAGAGCUGCGCGACGAUUGGUUGGCGUGAUCAAGACGAUGGACUGGUGCCAUGACCAGAUGAUAUCAUUUCUGAUUAACCAGCUUGCCAUAUACGAUGUCCUAUCUUGUACAACGUCCUUCGACCUAUCUAACAUUCAGGAAGCCAUACUUCCAGUGACUGAGGAGGAAGAUGUAUUAUUUUCCAAGCUUUUGCUUCUUAUCCACGAUGUCACAUUAUAUCGUGGGCGAUACGACAACCCCGAGAUACAAGGAGAUGACCAAGAGCAUCUUGAUUCUAGGAGGAAAGCUUUGCUUACUUUGAGGGCGAAUAUCGAGCUCGCUCGAGGAGAAACUCUCAUGGUGGCUGGUACUCUAGGUAUUCAAGAUGCGUCAGACCGGAGAGACUUUAUUCGACUUGUCGAUCUACACUGUAAAGCGACACUAGUCUUUGCCCAUCGUGUAAUGUACCGGGAUGAGAGCAACUGUGGGCGCCAACUUCUAGAAGACAUGUUCUCGGUCCUGGCUUCGAUUGAGAGGCCCGAGCGAAUAUGUCACAAUCUCCCUUGGCCUUUAUUCAUGGCAGGAACAGAAUGUCACGGGGACCCGGAGAAACAAAGGUACAUCGUCCUUCACUUCAGAGGCGUUUACGACACUACGGGCUUGAUCCAUUAUCAGGAACUGGUUGAGUUUCUCACAUCGUUCUGGGCCGGUGAAGAGCCAGAUUGGCAAGUUGGGGCUAGCCAGCGAGAGGCGAUGGGGUUACGCAUCCUCGCUAUAUGA